AUGUAUUUCAAACAUAGUUUUAGGAGUAUGAUGUUUGAUUUUUGGAUUGGAAUCCUAUCGACACCGUAUAUUUUCUUCCCAAAUCUUGCAUUAUUCGGGUGCGGAGUGUUGAACUUCUUUGGAUUUCCGAUUUUAAUAUCAUUUAUACUCGCCUUGAACACUCUCAUUUUCAUGAGUCUAUCACUGAUCUAUCUUUAAAGUCGGAGUAGUCUCAUUGUAAAAAAUAAGUUUAAAAUAACAAGUUCCUUGACACGGGCGCUGUAUUAUUCAUUAAACUACAUGGCAUAUUUCCCCACUCUUUAUUUUAUUUCUAAAAUUCCAUUGGAUCAGGAGAGUGCAAAACUGGAACUUCUCAAAUCCAUGCCGUGCCCUACUCAAAAAUUUUUCACGCAAGACGUUUAAGUGUUGAUUUCGGACCCAUUUUUCGCAGUACUCAUCCACAUGGUGAUAGGUUCCACCUAUAUCAUUAUAAUCACAUCUCAAAUAGUUUUCCACUGAGGCUGUUCGCUUUAUUAUUUGUACAUAGAACUUUCCAAUGCAAUACCAAGAAGUACUCGCAGUCUUCAGCGGUCAUUCUUUAUAGGGAUAACUGCGCAGACUUGUGUUCCGCUUGUUAAUAUAGUGGCAACUAUUAUUAUUAUCAUUUUGAAAUGUUUAUUCGGAAACUUUUCUCAAGGCAUUUUUAAUGUUUGUAUUUCGAUAAUUGGAUCUCAUGGAUGUGUGGAAAGUAUAGUGAUUAUUUUGAUACAUGGAAACUAUCGAAAAACCGUUUGGCGUUGUUUAAAAAAACAAGAAGUUCAUACCACCAUUCCAAAUAAGAAGGUUUCUAACACAGUCAGCAGAGUAG